AACGCGAAGCAGUACUCACCUGGACGGCUGGACAGUCGCAACUUCCGUCAAGCCAACGUCAGCCAGCUCUGUUCGCGCAGCCACUUUCUAUCGCGCAGCCAGGUCUGUUGAUCUUCGAAAGCCGAAACCACUGCCAGCACCACUUUCGGUCGCGGCGCCAGCUCUGUUCUAUACUUCCACCCUGUCAGCCACUGUCUUGCCUCUUGCCAGCCAAUAUCCCCGCCAGCUCUGCUUUUUUCCAGGCUUCCAGCUUCUAGCCCUAGAACCUUGCAACGAAGUGGUUGCGUUUUUGUGACACCGCGUAACAUAAAAGAACAAGUGAAUAACCUCAGCUCCCACCUCCUCCAUCGUCAGAAGAGACGGGAACUAAUGACGAGAAGCUUUUUCCGAUUAGUAGCACGAGCACGACUUCCCCACCGAACGCCCAAACCCAUGACUAAGAACGACGACGUUUUCGUUAUUCAUCCCAUGCGGACGAUGGCGUCGUUUCACAGCCACUACCGCAAUGCCUUCUAUCCCUCCGCCUCUCCACUACCAUCACUCAAAUCUUCCACCCUCUUUGGAUUCGAAGGGCAAAGGAGGAACAUGUUCAUCCAAACGCAGCCUACCCCGAAUCCUUUGUCUCUCAUGUUCUAUCCCGAGAAGCCUGUCAUGGAAGUUGGAAGCGCCGACUUCCCAAACAUGCGUUCGGCUAUGAAUUCGCCUCUCGCUAAGUCACUCUUUGGAAUUGAUGGGAUUACUAGGGUUUUCUUCGGGUCUGAUUUUGUUACUGUGACGAAGUCGGAGGAAGCUUCUUGGGAGUUCCUGAAGCCUGAGAUAUUUGCGGCCAUUAUGGACUUCUAUUCCUCUGGGCAGCCGUUGUUUUUGGACUCUAAAGCUGCUGCAGCCAUGGAUACAGCUAUUCAAGAUGAUGAUUCGGAAACCGUUGCAAUGAUCAAGGAAUUGUUGGAGACUCGUAUUCGGCCGGCUGUGCAAGAUGAUGGUGGGGACAUUGAAUAUCGAGGUUUUGAUCCUGAUACUGGAAUAGUAAAACUUAGGAUGCAAGGAGCAUGUAGUGGGUGCCCAAGUUCGUCGGUGACUCUGAAAUCCGGCAUUGAAAAUAUGUUGAUGCAUUAUGUACCUGAGGUCAAAGGUGUUCAACAAGAACUAGAUGCUGAGGAUGAGGAAGCAGCAGUAAGUGGACAAAUGGAGUAGUAGAACUUGUUCGACAUUUAGUUUUUUUAGAUAGAUUGCGAGCUCAGCAGAGUCUUCAGUGUGCACACAGAAAUAAUUCCCCAAAUUGAUCUGCUUCCAAUAAUUAUUGGGCUUCCUUUUAAAUUAAGUCCAUUGAUAAAUUACAAUGCAUUCUUUACUUAUAUGUUCACACACAUUAUAUAUUGAUAUCAUAAUUUUGGUUUCUCUCGAUUCACACAA